AUGGCACAACAAGAUCUGAAAAUAGCCAUUCUGGGCGCUGGAAUGGGCGGCCUCACGUCUGCGCUCGCGCUCGCUAAUAAGGGAUUUAAGAAUAUCGAUGUCUAUGAGACCGCAUCAGACCUUGGAUUCGUCGGCGCGGGUAUCCAGCUCGCGCCUAACAUGGCUCGGGUUCUGGAUCACCUGGGUGUAUGGAAGGGAAUUGAGGCCGAGGCCGUGAAUAUCGAGGAGACGAGUGUGCGAGUCGGCGCAUCCGACACCGAGCUCGCCCAUGUUGACCUCCAUUAUAUCGAAUCCACAUACGGAUACAAGCACAUGGUCGGCCAUCGGUACUCCCUCGCAAACGGGCUCUAUCAGGGCUGCCUAAAACACUCAGACAAGAUUACCUUCCACUUCGCGACUUCCGUCUCUGAAAUCCAGUCAUUCGGUCCCAAGCCUACAUUUACAGUGACGCCGCGCGACACCUCUAAACAGCCCUACACCAGCACCGCAGACGUCCUCCUCGGCGCAGACGGAAUCAAAUCACUUGUCCGCGUUGCCAUGAUCAGCGAUCUAAACAUCACCUCUGACGUAAAGGACACGCAACAAGCAGCAUACCGAAUCAUGAUCAACAAAGACCAAAUCCGUGAAGACCCAGAACUGCUUGCCCUAAUCAACAGCACGAAGGUCACACGUUGGAUCGGCGAAAAGCGCCAUAUCAUCGCGUACCCGGUCUCCAAUAAUACCAUCUACAACCUGAGCACGACGCAGCCGGACAGCAAUUUUGCGGCGGCAACGAACGCUACCUACACGACGAAGGGGUCGAAGAGUGCCAUGCUCGGUGUCUUUGCAGAUUUCUGCCCGCUUGUGCAGCGUAUGCUGAAUUAUGUUCCUGAGGGCGAGGUUUGCGAGUGGAAAUUGCGCACCCAUGAGCCAUUGCCUACGUGGGUUCAUCAGUCGACGGCCCUGGUUGGUGACGCCUGCCACCCGACUCUGCCGCAUCUGGCUCAGGGCGCGGCCCAGGCCAUUGAGGAUGGAGCUGUUCUUGCAGUGGUGCUUUCAAAGUUACCUGCUACGGACCCGGAAAGUAUCCACAAAGCAUUGAAGGCUUACGAGAAGGUGAGGAAGGACCGAGCAUAUGCGCUUGUCGAGUUGGCAGCUGCUAGUGGGCGGGCGUUGCAUCUUGGUGAUGGAGCAGCGAAGGAGCAGCGCGAUAAGCAGUUUGCGGCCCUGAAGGCUGGGAAGGGCCCCGUGCCGGACAAAUGGGCAGAUGCAGAUGUGCAGAAGGAGAUUUAUGGGUUUGAUUGUGUGAAGGAGGCGGACGAAAGGUUUGCGGAGUACUUCGGACUUGCGUAG